GUGAAGAGAGGAAGACAGUGAGAUAGUGAGAGGGACAGUGGAGGAAACGAAGCUGUGGCGGUGGCUGUGGUUGACCGGGGUUCGCGGAGGGGGCGCGGCGGCCGCCCCUGUAUGCGUCUCCAUCCCGACGGGCGCGCAUGGACGACCACCUCAGCCUCCUGCAAUCCCCUCCGCCGAGCGUAACCAAAACCCGGGGCGACACCCUGGUGAACCACGGAUACACCGAGACAGAGGCCGACGUGAUGACGGUGGUGGCGUGUGACAACAUGCUGGAGGAGUCGGCGGCUCUCCCGGGCCACCACUCUCUGGACCGCUAUGAACCGGACCACGAAUGCUGCGAGAGGGUGGUCAUCAACAUCUCGGGUUUACGCUUCGAGACGCAGCUCAAGACCCUCUCCCAGUUUCCAGAGACCCUGCUGGGCGACCCAAAGAAGAGGAUGAGGUACUUUGAUCCUCUCAGGAACGAAUACUUUUUCGAUCGGAACCGACCAAGUUUUGAUGCUAUUCUAUAUUACUACCAGUCCGGUGGGCGCAUUAGAAGACCUGUCAAUGUGCCCAUUGAUAUUUUUUCCGAGGAGAUCCGGUUUUACGAGCUGGGAGAGGAGGCUAUGGAGAAGUUCAGGGAGGAUGAGGGCUUCAUAAAGGAGGAGGAGCGGCCCCUGCCAGAGAAUGAGUUUCAAAGACAGGUGUGGCUGCUCUUUGAAUACCCAGAGAGCUCGGGUCCCGCCCGGGGCAUAGCGAUAGUGUCUGUGCUGGUCAUCCUCAUCUCCAUUGUCAUAUUCUGCUUAGAGACAUUGCCAGAGUUCAGGGAUGAGAACAGGGAUCCGAUCACCGUUGCGCCCGUGAUAAAUGGCACACUCCCGUAUCUCACCAGCCCCUUCUCAGACCCAUUCUUCGUGGUGGAGACGUUGUGCAUUAUCUGGUUCUCAUUCGAGCUGCUGGUGCGCUUCUUUGCAUGCCCGAGCAAGGCCACGUUCUCCAAAAACAUAAUGAACAUCAUUGACAUUGUGGCCAUCAUUCCAUAUUUCAUCACCCUGGGCACAGAGCUAGCAGAGAGGCAGGGCAACGGCCAGCAGGCCAUGUCAUUGGCCAUCCUGCGCGUGAUCAGGCUCGUCCGGGUAUUCCGCAUCUUCAAACUCUCACGUCACUCCAAGGGGUUACAGAUUCUGGGACAAACUCUGAAGGCCAGUAUGCGUGAGCUGGGCCUGCUCAUCUUCUUCCUGUUCAUCGGAGUCAUCCUCUUCUCUAGCGCCGUCUACUUUGCUGAAGCCGACGACCCUGAUUCGGGUUUCAACAGCAUACCUGACGCAUUCUGGUGGGCUGUUGUCACAAUGACCACCGUGGGCUAUGGGGACAUGCACCCCGUGACAAUCGGGGGGAAAAUUGUUGGCUCUCUGUGCGCCAUUGCCGGUGUGUUGACCAUUGCCCUCCCUGUACCUGUCAUUGUCUCCAACUUCAACUACUUCUACCACAGAGAGACGGAGGGUGAGGAGCAGGCACAGUACCUGCACGUGGGCAGUUGUCAGCCUUUGGCAGACACAGAGGAGCUGAGGAAGACCCGUUCCUCUUCCUCACUGAGCAAGAGCGAGUAUAUGGUGAUAGAGGAGCACGGGAUCAACAGCGCCUUCAAACAGCAGCCAAACUUCCCCACCACCACGCAAAACAACUCGCAGAAUUGUGUGAACAUCAACAAAAAGAUUUUCACCGAUGUGUAGCCUAUUUAGUGCUGUGGCCCUGAACACAAGAGGGUGUGUGAUGUGUCAACAUGCAGCUGGUACUGUCAUUACGCACCAGUGUGGAAGCAGCGGUAGAUCAGAGAAAGAAAGAAGAGAGAGCUAACCCUGUCUGUUCAGAGAUGCUGUGUUAUGCUCCAUUCAAAGAAUCAGAAUUUGUCAUUUCAGUGCUCUGAAUUCAUAAUUCUUUAUGGUUCCAUUCGCGCUUGGAGAGAGAGAGAGCUCUCAUAAAGUUAUAGGCCUGUUCUUCUCUGGGCGACUUUUUCUGCUAUUCCGGGGGAAUAUACCUGUUGUGUAUUGUGCAAUAGCCAUUACAUUAUCACAACAGGCAUAAAUAGAAGCUUUUUAACUGUGAAAGAUAAAUGCAACUGUAUUACUCGAAGGGCACUCACAUUGUAUUAACAUGCGUUAUGAGUCGUGAUUCGUCAAUCAUAGCCUAUGCAUGAUAUUCAGAUUCAUUUAAAUAUGUGUGUGUGUUUAAACACAUGUAAUGUCUGAAGAACACAGUUCAGCUUAUAUUAUCUCAAUUUGACCGUUAUGUGCUUUGCCUUUAUUGUGCGUUUAAAGUCUAGUCAAAAAUGCUACAGUCUUUAAAGAAAUAAUCCCCUAUAAUUUAUUGAUAUGAACUAUCCUAGUAGGCUAUUAUUGCGUAAAUGGCACAACGAAAACACAGGAGACAGCCGAUUGUCAGUGUCUCAUUAUCGGUGCAAGACUCACGCGUGAGAGAGGAAAGGAAACACACAUAUUUUCUCUCUCACGCACACAUACGGCGAUCAAAGAUGGAGCGUGCUUCUCUUUGGAUGCCUCAAAUAUCACCCGCUGUGAUGCAGUCUCCAUGGCGACGGUCGUUUCCUCGGUAACCCCAGUCACCGUUGCCAUGGCAUCCCUGUUUCCACAGUAACCUUCCAGAUGGCUUGGAAGCUAUAUUGAAGAUUCUCAUCUAAAAGGCUCGUCUUCGGUGUCUAAUAAGACUGCUUUUUCAUCACGCUGUGCGUGCGUAAAAUGUCGGACCAAGCAUACCCAGUGCAACUACUGUUAACCAACAAACCUACUCAGCAAGUUUGUCAGUGACUUUGACAUUGGCGUAAGAGCAGAUUUUGAGGACGGAAGUCUCUUUUCAAACUGUCAUCAUGAACUGCCCCCCAAACCAACCAGGCAGACCCUGAGCAGAGAGGUGCCAUGAAAGACCUGGGAAGGAAGGAGGCAGCGCGCGAGGAAUUAUGAAUGGACUGGGAGUACGACGUGCCUGGUUGUCCUGGGUGCGCUACCUUGGCCGCUCAGCAGAGGCUGCUGUUCUCCCACGAAUGGAGCUGGUAUAGGUGCUUGAAUUGUUAGCUUAGACCUCCCCCGACGACAGACAAUUAGACUGCCCCCCAUUUAGGGGCGUAGUGACUCUGGUCUUCCUGUCGGGGCCAGACAGGCCAAAGAUGAAAACUGAAACAUGACCCCCUUUGGAUCAAUUCCUUCGCCCUGCCCUCCUCCUUAACCCCUACACUUCCUGCCUGACUGUGUGCCCUCCAACCCAGGACUUGCGAUGAAUGAAUGGUGCAUUGUCCGGGGCAUCCUAGCACCUCUCCUCUCCGGUGGACCACCACUCAGAAAACCCCCAAAACAUCAAACUGCAACUGCAACAGUGAGAGAAGCUAAAAGAAUAAUGUAUUCCACAUGCAGUUUUAUCCAGCUGCAGUUUUGCGACGGCCUCCGUUCUGGAGUAAACACGCUACCAACUACAACUGGAACUAUCACAAGAGCAAAAGGAUGUGAUUCAGACAGUGACAAGACAGGGAACUGUGUGAUGGAUUGUAUCAGAGCUCCACAUUGUUCUCUGUGGGAAAUUUCAAAAGGACAGAUUUGGGAAACAACAACCAGCUUCACAAAGCACACUCUGUUCCUAAAACUCAAAGGGAUUUUUAGCCUCUGUCGUCAUGUUUCUGGAAAGUGCUAUAGAAUGCAGACUAUCACUGGCAAACACAGCUUAUGCUUCGAGUCAGAAGCGGCCAUAGUUGAGGCCAACAGUGAAUUGCUAAUAUGAAAUUGUGAUACAAAAAUCAAGGACUGUUAGCCAUAUGCCUUUGUUAGCUCUGUGUGCUCUGUAUCGCUAAUAUGUGAAACACACUCAUAUGCUGGUUGCUGAGAUUCCCCUGAUCCACAUAUGCAGAAUAAUACAUUGGCACACAUGUAACAAAACACACACACAUACACACACAUAUGCACACACAUGCACACAUGCACACACAUACACUUAUGACAGGCUUUGUUUUGUCCCAUGGUGCAUAGGUGUUAUUUGGAAAGGUGCAGAAUGUGUCAGGGGAAGGUUGUGUAUGCCAGUAUUUGUUAUGUGUUAUUGCGUUGUGCUGUCUU